GAUAUGUCGUGGCACAACGCAUGUAAGGGAUGGCAAUGUUGUGAAUCUAAAUACAAACGUUCCUCUUAUGUCUCUUGUUGAUGGCGUCAAGAACAGUCAACAGUUCUGUGAAAUGUGUGAUACGCAAUCAAGAGCUGUACACUUCUGCUGUGACUGCGGUAAGAAUUUGUGCACCGCAUGUCUUGAGCUGCACAGCAAAUGGCCACCUAAUCUCAAACACAAAGUAGUGGGUGUCGAAGACAUCAGAGAGGGCAAGGUGGUCCUAAAGAAGAAGGUCUACUGUCGAGAACAAGUACACAAAUCAGAUGGCGAAAAGCACGUCUGUACCAAUGUAUGCACCACUUGUAAGAAGCUCAUCUGUAUGAGAUGCUCGAUCUACCACGAUAAGAAAGGCCACACUGUUCAAGAUGUGGGGGAAUACAAUACUUCCUUCAAGAAGGACAUUGAAUCCCUACAGGCCCUGGGUAAGACCAAAGCUACAACCGUCAAGACUCACAUGGCAUGUGUCGAUAAUCAGCUGAAGCGUGUCACUGAUCACAUCGAUAAAGAAAAAGCUAAAAUCAACAAGAUAUGUGAAAAGGCUAUCAUCAAAAUAAAAGAAAGGAAUGUGACCUUGAACAAGCAAUUAGAGGCUCAGAAAGAGGAAUUAUGCCAAAGUUUGAAGAAUAUGAAAGUUGCCGAUGAGAGGUUGGUAACGAGUAUUGAGAGUGCGAGUGAAUUGGCGAGUAAUAGUUUGAAAGCCCCACUAGAAGGGGACGUUGUUGCUAUUCGUGAUUCACUGUAUGGUGAGUUGAAGAAUGUGCUGGAUCAAGAUGAUCCCAAGAAGAAGCCUGCUAGUGAUGUAGCUAACCAUGCAGAGGAACUGACGUUCACACCAAGCAGCCACCCUGAUCAAUUAUCCAUGGGUGAACUCAGGUUCAUAAAAUGCAGACCGCAAUGGUAUAUGCGAACCUCAAAGGAAGACAUAAAUGCGAUGGCUGCUACGAAAAAUGGUAAGGUAACCCUUAGAUUUCACAGUGGAAGUACCGUCAUCAUCUCUGAGGCUGGGAAAUUGCUGCAGACGGUGUUCAAGGAUAUCCAUGUCCAUUGGUUAGGAUUCCUCUCUGAUGGUCGGUGUGUUGUACUUGAUACAGUUAACAACAUGUCACUGUACACAUCAGAGUAUAAGAAGCUGGGUGUGACAUUCAACACUCUAACUGACAGUGAAGGUGGGGUUAGUAUCUUCACUGUAGACAGUGAUGAUCUGAUCUAUGUCGGCUACAUGAAAGCCCAGAAGAUCCAGGUAUUCUCACCAUCAGGUGGGAAGGCGAUCAGGGAGAUACAAUGCGAUGGGUAUAAACCUGAGCAAAUCACUAGUUAUGGUGAUUCAUUGAUCGUUGGACAGGGUAACAAUGCGAUAAUACGUAUUAAUAGAAAGGGUGAUGUAAUGCAUAAAGUAGUUGGUUCGAGUCGUCAUAAGCUCUUCGCUUGUGUGACUCAAGGUAAUUCAAUCCUGAUUGCCUCUGUUAGACACGCAGAACUUACAUUAGGGCUGCUCAAUAUCGAUGAGUACACCAGCGACCUAAAGCACGUCAAGACCCUCAUCUCUGAAUACAAGAUUAUAAUUUGUGAGGAUCAUUGGUACUACCUUCAGCAUUUCCAUUCAGGAGAGCUAUGCUUUUGUACGGCAGAUAGGUUCUACAUAUUCCACCUAUCCACCACUCCAGUUAACUCGUGAUUAUCAUGUUCAGUAGAGUUUCAUACCUCAUACGA